AUGAUACAAAACCUAUAUUUAAUAGUAAAGAAUUCUCAAUUUAUAAACAGUAGUGCCUCAGAAAAUGGAGGAAGUAUUUUUUCAAAUGAUGCAAAUGUUCAAAUUUAUAAUAGCACAUUUAAGAAUGGUUUGUCUAAUUAAUCAGGUGGAUCGAUAUAUCUCUAAUGUUAAUUAUCUUCUGGCUGUGAUUAUGUGAUUUAAAAUAAUAGCUUCAUCAAUAAUUCAGCUAAAUUCAAGGGUGGAGCAAUUCUUUAUGACUUAAAUAGACCAUUUGACUUAAAAGAAAAUUUGUAUUAUAAUAAUUCUGCAAAAUAUGGAUAAAAUAUAGCUUCUUAUCCUUACUAAAUUAAAAUUCUAAAUUAAGAUCUUGACUUUCUUAAAAGCAUUACUAGUGAUGAGUUUUUAAGCAAUAAAUUAUUAAUUGCCCUUGUGGAUUAAGAUGACCAAAUUGUUGACGAUGAUAAUUAAAAGUCUAUAUAAAUUUCUUCUCACGAUGAUGAUUUAUCUUUGUCUGGAAUAACAAGUUUAACCAGUAAUAAUGGAAUAUUUGAGAUAAACUAAUUAAAAAUUAUUGGUGAACCUUCCAAUUCAUAUAAAAUUUAAUUAAGCUCUAGCUCUAUUGAUCAGACUAAGAUAGACUUUAAAACAAAUGGACUUAGUGCAGAUUUUAUGCUAGAUAUUAAGAUAAGAGACUGCAAACAAGGUGAAAUAAAAUCUGAGAAAAAAUGCUAUGAAUGUCCAAAAGGUUCAUAUUCUCUAAGUACAAAGGAUAAAAUCUGCUAGGCUUGCCCUUAAAAUAUUAAAUGUGAUGGUGGAGCUAGAAUAAUUUUAGAACCAAAUUAUUGGAGAAGUAAUACAAAUACAACUUAAAUAUAUAAAUGCCCUAAAAAUGAAGUUUGUCUAGGCGGAUAUGACUCAGCAUGCUAAACUGGAUAUCACGGCAAGCUGUGUACAUAAUGCAUUCAAGAUUCGUAAGAUGACUAUUAUGCAAGAUCUGGGUUAUAUGAUUGUUCAAAAUGUCUUUCUUUUUCAAACUAAGUAACUAUUUUAGUAGCCAUUUUAGGUGGCUUAGCAACUUACAUAGUCUACAUUCUAUAAACAUCAAUAAUUUUGUUUGGCUAUCUCUGCUAUCCAAUUAUAUCAUAAAAUAGUUUUUCAUUACUUAGCUGUAUUACUUUUGAAGAUGCUAUGGAGAAAAAGAGAAAGAUUGUCAACUAAUAAAAUGAUGACUGA